AUGCCAAUCAUCGGGAUCGACUUGGGUUGCCUCGGUACUAAGGUGGCUACCGUUGGCAGAGGAGGUGUGACCAUUGUGAGGAAUGACUUAGCUGACCGCGUUACUCCGACGUUGGUUUCUUACACAGACAAUGAGCGUUUGAUUGGCGAUGCGGCUUUUACGUCGUUGAAGUCGAAUGCACGGUCGACGAUCCGGAACAUCAAGCAUCAGUUGGGCAUGACGGACACGGCGGAGGACCGAGACGUAGUGGAGUUGGAGCGGCGGUUCGCGUUGGCGGAGCCGGUGGUGGCGGAAAACCGCGUGAUAGCGUUUAGUGUGGGUCGCGAGGAGCCUGUGACGGCGGUGGCAGCGUUGGUGCCAUUUUUGAAGAAGGUGAAGGCCAUGUCCGAGAGCUACAUUGGGGCGCCGGUGAGCGACUGCGUGGUGGCGGUGCCGACAUGGUAUUCGGACGUGCACAAGACGGCGGUGUUGGACGCUUGUUCGUUGGCAGGCAUCGGAUGUCACAAGGUGAUGCAGCACUCGACAGCGACGGCCUUGGACUACGGCUUGUUCCGGCGUUCGAUGUUCGUGGAGGGCCAGCGUCACGUGGUGGUUUUUACGGACAUCGGGUACGCUCAGGCGACCGCCACGGUGGUGGACUACACGCCGAAGAAGUUCACGGUACUGGCCACACUUGAAGACUCGGCGCUGGGUGGACGCAGCAUCGACCAGGUGGUGGUGCAGCACCUGCUCGCGCAGUUUAAGAGCAAGACAGGUCUGGACCCGUCGCGGAACGCCAAGGCGAUGCUGAAGCUGGAGGAGGCAGCCGAGAAGGCGAAGAAGAUUUUGUCCGCGAACAAAGAUGCGGGUGUGCACCUUGAGUGCUUCUUCGAAGACGAAGACUUGGACGUCCCGUUGAACCGCGAAAUUUUGCAAGACCUACUCGGCCCCGCGCGCUCAGUCUCGCCGGAGUACAGGACUUGA